CUCCCCUUUUCGCCGCUGGCUGGAUUCCGCGCUUUUCCCCUUCCCGGAUCACUAUGGUUUACCCCGUCCUUACGCCAUAGGCGUCCUUUCUGCCAAUCGGAGGCGAGCUGGCCUGGAUGGGCUACGAUUGGCUCGUCCGGGCCAUGUGGUCUUGACGUCGGGUGCUGAUUGGCUGGAAGGGGAGGCCUACGUGAGAAUCGCUUUAGCUGCAGCGGGCGCUGGUUGGGAGCGUGAGGCCGUGUGCCGGGGUGGGGGCGGAGCCCGGGGCGAGGCCCAGCGGGCAGGGGGACUAGACCGGUGGAUGUGGAGGGCCCUAGGCGCCCUAGCGCGGAGGAGGCCGGGAACGAGAGUCGGUGCGGACCAGGCCUUCCGAGGCGCCGGCCGCAGCUGGCCCGUGCGAGCCGCCCCGAAGCCGCCGCCGCCCCCCAGCCAGCAGCCUCGGCGCUCCCCCGCCAUGCCCGGCAGGAACAAGGCCUCGUGCAGUUGCCCGGACCUGCCUUCGGGGCAGCAGGUCGCGGAGGGCGGCCGGGACGCUAAGGGCCGCCUGUUCCAGGAGGAGUCUGAGGAGGAAGGCGGGGACCGCAGGGCAAACCCCAACUUGGGGGACCCCGACGUGGUCAAGUCCCCCAGUGACCCCAAGCAGUACAGGUACAUCAAAUUACAAAAUGGCUUGUGUGCGCUGUUGAUUUCGGAUUUAAAUAACAUGGACACUGCCCCUUCUGUGGUGUCUUCGGAGGGGACGGACAGUGAUGAAUCUGAGGAUGAAAGUGAUGAGGAUGACGACUCUGGAGCAGAGAUUGAAGAUGACAAAGAAGGUGAUGAUGACGACGAUGACUAUGAUGAAGAUGAUAAUGGUGGAGAUGAUGAGGAUCUCAAUGACCCUGAUGACAGUGAAUUGGAAGAACUAGCAGAAAAGGAAGAGACAAGAAAGAGGGGUUGUACAGAAAAGCAGUCUGCAGCUGCCCUUUGCGUUGCUGUCGGCAGCUUCUCUGACCCUGAAGACCUACCUGGAUUAGCACACUUUCUGGAACACAUGGUAUUUAUGGGCAGUUUGAAGUAUCCAGACGAGAAUGGGUUUGACGCAUUCCUGAAGAAACAUGGGGGCAGUGACAACGCUUCAACUGACUGUGAACGGACAGUCUUCCAGUUUGAUGUACAGAGGAAGUAUUUUAAAGAAGCACUUGACAGGUGGGCACAGUUCUUCAUUCACCCACUAAUGAUCAGGGAUGCAAUUGACCGGGAAGUUGAGGCUGUGGACAGUGAGUAUCAACUAGCAAGACCCUCUGAUGCAAACAGAAAGGAAAUGCUGUUUGGAAGCCUUGCCAGGCCUGGGCAUCCUAUGAAGAAAUUCUUUUGGGGCAAUGCAGAGACACUCAAACAUGAGCCUAAAACGAAUAAUAUUGAUACCUACACCAGGCUGAGGGAUUUCUGGCAGCGCUAUUACUCUGCACACUAUAUGACUUUAGUUGUCCAAUCUAAAGAAACUCUGGAUACUUUGGAAAAGUGGGUGACUGAAAUCUUCUCAGCAAUCCCAAAUAAUGGCUUACCCAGGCCAAGCUUUGGUCACCUGACACAGCCUUUUGACACACCAGAAUUUCACAAACUUUACAGAGUUUUUCCAGUCAGAAAAGUUCAUUCAUUGAGCAUCACCUGGGCACUUCCCCCACAGGAUCAGCAUUAUAGGGUGAAGCCACUUCACUACAUCUCCUGGUUAGUUGGACAUGAAGGCAAAGGCAGUGUUCUUUCCUUUCUUAGGAAAAAAUUUUGGGCUCUUGCAUUAUAUGGAGGAAAUGGUGAGACAGGAUUUGAACAGAACUCCACCUACUCUAUCUUCAGCAUUUCUGUGACUUUGACAGAUGAAGGUUACAAGCACUUCUAUGAGGUUGCACAUGUUGUAUUUCAGUAUCUGAAAAUGUUGCAGAAAAGAGGACCAGAUAAAAGAAUUUGGGAAGAGAUCCAGAAGAUUGAAGCUAAUGAAUUUCAUUACCAAGAACAGACUGAUCCAGUUGAUUAUGUGGAAAGCCUUUGUGAAAAUAUGCAGUUGUUUCAGAAAGAGGACUUUUUGACAGGAGAUCAGCUUUUGUUUGAAUACAAACCUAAUGUCAUUGCUGAUGCCCUUAACCAGCUCUGCCCUCAGAGAGCCAACCUGUUUCUGCUGUCUGCUGCCAAUGAAGGAAAAUGUCACCUGAAGGAGAGAUGGUUUGGGACACAGUACAGUGAGGAAGAUAUUGACAAAUACUGGAGUGAUUUAUGGGCCAGUGACUUUCAGUUAAAUGAGGACUUGCACCUACCUGAAGAAAAUAAAUAUAUAGCCACUGACUUUGCUCUGAAAGCACCUGAUUGCCCGGAGUCGGAAUAUCCUGUCAAAAUACUAAGCACACAACAAGGCUGUCUGUGGUACAGGAAGGAUGAUAAAUUCAAAAUUCCCAAAGCUUAUAUACGUUUCCAUCUGAUAUCUCCACUGAUACAGCAGUCUGCAGAGAAUGUGGUGCUUUUUGAUACUUUUGUAAACAUCCUCACCCACAACCUUGCUGAACCAGCAUACGAAGCUGAUGUUGCUCAACUGGAAUACAAACUGGUAGCUGGGGAGCAUGGUUUGGUCAUUCGAGUGAAAGGAUUCAAUCAUAAACUACCACUGCUGUUUCAGCUCAUCAUUGACCACCUGUCUGACUUCAGUUUUACUCCAGCGGUUUUUGAGAUGAUAACAGAGCAGCUAAAAAAGACCUAUUUUAACAUUCUCAUCAAACCAGAGACCCUGGCCAAAAAUGUGCGUCUUUUAAUUUUGGAGCAUGGCAGAUGGUCUAUGAUAGAUAAAUAUGAGACAUUAAUGAAGGGCCUUUCCAUCGAGUCUCUCUCAUCCUUUGUUAAGGCUUUCAAAUCUCAGCUCUAUGUGGAGGGUCUUGUACAAGGAAACUUCACAAGCAGAGAAUCAAAGGAUUUUCUGAAUUAUGUUGUUCAAAAGUUGCAGUUCUUUCCCCUACCGCACCCAUGUCCUGUUCAAUUUCGGGUGGUAGACCUGCCAAACACACACCUACUCUGCAAGGUGAAAACCCUUAACAAAGGUGAUGCCAACUCUGAAGUGACAGUCUAUUAUCAGUCUGGGGCUAGGAGUUUAAGAGAAUACACCCUUAUGGAGCUGCUUGUGAUGCACAUGGAGGAGCCUUGCUUUGACUUCCUGCGAACCAAGCAAACCCUUGGCUACCAUGUGUACCCUACCUGUAGAAAUACAUCUGGGAUCCUCGGGUUCUCUGUUACUGUAGCAACACAAGCAACAAAGUACAACUCUGAAUUGGUUGACAAGAAGAUAGAAGAUUUUCUUUCUUUCUUUGAAGAAAAAAUCAAGCAUUUAACUGAAGAAGCAUUCAGCACACAGGUCACAGCUCUAAUAAAGCUGAAAGAGUGUGAAGAUUCCCAUCUUGGAGAAGAAGUGGAUAGGAACUGGAAUGAAGUGGUGACUCAGCAGUAUUUGUUUGACAGGCUUGCUCGUGAGAUUGAAGCGCUGAAAUCCCUUACAAAAGCAGACCUGGUGGACUGGUUCCAAGCUCAUAGAGGCAGUGAGAGCAAAGUGCUCAGUGUACAUGUGGUUGGAUUUGGAAAACAUGAAGGGGACUCAGAAGUACCAGCUGUCUCUGAUGAGCAAAACUCCUCAUGUGGUGAAAUACCUCAGCUAACUUUCUUACCUCCUUCCUCCUUGAUGACUAACACCACUUCCAUUAAGGACAUUAAAGCUUAUACAUCAGCUCUGAAUGUUCUCCCUUACCAUAAAAUAUUAAAAUAAAUGUCAUUUUGCCCUGCAGCACUGUGUAAUUUAAAUUAUUUAGUCUCACACUAAUGUGCAAGAUCAUACCUUAGUUUCAAAAACUAAGGAAUCUUACUCCUUACCCUCUUUUGAAAGCUGGAACAAAAUUUUUUACAGUUGUUACAAGGAAAAUAUUCCUGAUCUAAAACACUUGCCUAUUCUUAAAUAGCCUUUCUAAUAGAAUAAAGGCAAGAGGGCUAAGAAGUUAUUUGGUGUUACAUCCUCAUAAUUUACACAAAGCAUUAGUUUAAAAGUUUACAGAUGGUUCAGCAUGAAUGCUAAAGUGAACUGUGCAAUAAUUACUGAAAGAAUUGGUGAGUUUUCAGUAGAUACCUAUAAUGCAUACUCCUCUAACAAAUAUUUAUUUUCUAUCCAGGCCACUGUAUAUAAGACAGUCUUAUCACCUUUUUUCAGAUCUAUUACUGCUGUGAAGUAUUAAUUUGUAAGUGGCCCAUUCACUAAACUAGCUCAAAUCAUAAUCACAGGUAUUUAAAUUUCAUCAUUAGCAUUAACUGAGUACUUGCUAAUUUCCCCCCCCUCCCUUCUACUAAAGCAUUGUAGUCUGGCUGUGUGCUAAUUUAUCAAUUGUAGGAUUAACAGUUGUCUGGUCUAAAUGCCACUUUAUCCUUAGCCCUAAGCUACUGCUAGACAGUAAAGUGAAUUUUAUUUAUUGAUGCUUGUAAAAAUUCAGACUAAUCAGUUGGAAAUUAAUUAUUGUUCUGGGGAAGACAAUCACUUGUUACCACCCCUGCAGUGAUGAGAGGGGAAGGAAAAGCAUCUCUUUUCUCCACCAGAGGGAUGUAGGUAGGACAAACAAGGCCAUGGACAGAGGCUAAGGCUCCUCUAGCAGCGAGGAGGAAAAGAAGCCUCCAGAAUCAAAUGGCAAGGGAAAUCCAAGACAUGUAAUACAAAAUAUUACUUCUCCUUCACAGAAGAGUUGCCCUUGUUGUGCUGAGGGAGAGGUCCCUUCUAAAGCUUUUCUAGCAGCUGCUGUGUUAGAUUUCUAGUAACUUUCAAGCCUUUAUACAAGUCUACAAAGAUGUCUAGUAAUACUACACAAAUUAAUUCAGGAGGGGAUAAAUCUGACUAGAUUCUAUACAGCACCAGAAUAAUCAUUUUGAGUGAGUUCAUCACUACCUUAUUUAAUGUUUCCUCAAAGCUUAAACACUGUUCAGCCCAUACAGUUACCAAAAUUUUGAGAGCAUAUCUGGCUACUGGGAAGCAAGGCCAGGGUCAGCUUCCAGAAAAGUCCUGUUACAGGUUUUGGGAAUUCCCCUGUGUACACUAGAGCAUGGACAUAUGGUGAGAACACUGAUACACAAAUUUUUCACUUCACUGAUGCUGGGUAAAACUUUCAAAAGCACUUUAUAUGACUGAAGCUACAAAGUGGUUAUAAUAACUUGAAAUGGGAUUUAGGUGCUUUAGAAAAGUGUACUGGAUUUUUAUAAAGUGAUACUUUCCAAAUGUGUGUGAAAAAUUAGUAACUUUUUUAUCAUAGCAGUUUCAAAACAGUUACUGUAAAAGGUUUUUAUGAAAUAAAUACAAAUCCAUAA